AUGGAGACCAUGAAGACGUCGUCACGAGAUGUAGCGAUGUCGCAACCGACUACAGCUGCGACGUUAGCGACCAGACCCAAAAUGGUUCCCACAAAGACUUCAGAGCAAAAGCUGCAAUCUGCGCCAACUAUCGCGCCGGCAGCCGCUGUUGCUGUGCGCAAGCCAGCUGAACUCAACGUGACUAUGCUUCCGCCAAUACCUCGUCCACCGCCACCAUCGUCACCUACUCCACCACCAAAAGACCCGACACCUCCUCCACUGCCGACAGCUCUACACAUGCAGUCAUCACCGCCGCCAUCGCCAACACCCCCACAAUUACCCACCCCAGUGACACCGACAGCAUCUGCUCCAUGUCCGGAAGCGGUACCUUGCACUUCCGGGGUGUCAACCCCUCCUCGAGAGCCUAGCCCUCCUCGAAUUCAUCUGCCGACGAAGGUGCCGAUGCCAAGGAUGGCAGCCCCGAUUUUCGUGGAUGUACAAAGUGAAAUAGAGGUGCUUCCCGAAGAACACGAGUAUGUACCGGAGCAAAGUGGGACCAUGAGCACUUCAAGGUUUCAGUUUUGUUUUCUCCUUUUUUGCUCCUUUACUGUAGUCGUCUCCAACUUGAAUGCUGAAAUCACUAGACCGUGCAAAAACAGUUUUUUUUCUAAAAUUGCAGAAAUAACGUGA